CUCCCGCGCAAUCCCUAACCCUAGCACCGCCAACGCCAUGGCCAGCGGCAACGCGUCCACCGCCUACCUCUCCAUCGUUGAGGACGUCGUCACCAAAGUUCGUAAGGACUUUACGAACUCCGGCGUUGGCGACGCCGUCCUCAACGAGCUCCAGUCUCUCUGGCAGACGAAGUUGCUGCACUGUGGCGCAAUCUCAGGGAACAUCGACCGCAACAGGGCUCCCCCCGCCGGAGCGUCCGCUGGCGGCGCGACUCCACCGGUGCACGAUCUCAACGUGCCCUACGAGGCCACGUCCGAGGAGUACGCCACCCCAACCGCCGACAUGCUCUUCCCACCGACCCCGAUCCAGACGCCACUUCCAGCUGGGAUUGAUACAUGGCCGUGGGACUAUGCCCCAUCGCCGAUCGGUGACAUAAGAAACGGGAUGGGGAUGAAUGGGGCUGAUCCAAAAUCUGGCCGCCCAAGCCCCUGCAUGCAACCUCCAUCGCCCUGGAUGAAUCAGAGACCACUGGGGCUUGAUGUGAACCUUGCUUUUGCCUAUGAGGACCCAGACCGGAUGAUGCCACUGACGAAGGAUUUUCUGAUGACUUCUUGUGGAAAACGGAAGAGGGAUGAAUAUCCUUCAGCUGCUUCAUUUGUGCCACAACAGGAUGGAUGCGCAGACCAGGUUGCGGUUCAUUAUGAUGCAACACCAAAGCCAGGAAACGAUACAGCGGGUGGUGAUGAUGAUGAACCUCCUCUUAAUGAAGAUGACGACGACGACGAUGAUGACAUAGAUGACUUUGAUGACACGCAGCACCUCGUCCUUGCACAGUUCGACAAGAUAACAAGGACAAAGAAUCGCUGGAAGUGCACUCUGAAGGAUGGAAUCAUGCAUUUGAACGGCAGAGAUGUUCUAUUCCACAAGGCUUCAGGAGAGUUUGAUUUUUGAAUUUCAUUUCAUGGUAAUUAAAGAGGAUAUUUUAGGUGCCUGCUGUAUCUACUGUCUUUAACACAAGGAUAAGGAAGGGAAGGUGACAAAAGAGUACUGGAGUUGUGGCGAGUUUGGCACUAUGAAUGUGUGUCAGUGUUUUCCUGUUGAGGCUUGCUUCACUCAUGUCACUGUAAAAAUGGUACAGUUGGUACGGUUGUGGACAUGUUCUUGAGAUGGUCACUUAAAGCUGG